GAGAUCACGUGAUCAUAACAGUUCGCUUCAACAUGGCGGAUUAGUAAUUUUACCGAGAACUUGUGUUUUGUCAUGUUUACAUUCGUAAUUAAUUUUAAAGAGGUUUUGCUUAUGUGAUUAUUAAUAUGAUAUCGUCUAUUAUUUCCCGACUGGUGAUAUUGGUAUUUGGGACACUCUAUCCGGCGUAUGCAUCAUACAAAGCUGUGAGGACUAAGAAUUUAAAAGAAUACGUAAAAUGGAUGAUGUAUUGGAUAGUAUUCGCGUUGUUCACAUGCACGGAGACCUUCACUGACGUGUUCCUAUCAUGGUUCCCGUUCUACUACGAGGUGAAGAUCGUCAUAGUGUUGUGGCUGCUGUCACCAGCUACCAAGGGAUCAUCAAUACUGUACAGGAAGUUUGUACAUCCGGCGCUAUGCAGGCGGGAACAGGAGAUCGAUGAAUACAUAGCUAAAGCCAAAGACCAGGGUUACCACACUGUACUCAAUCUGGGUACCAAGGGAGUCAACUAUGCCACCACUGUUAUCAUGCAAACUGCAAUCAAAGGAGGCGGUGGUUUAGUACAACAGCUUCGUAAGAGCUACAGUCUGUCGGACCUGAGCGAGUGCGAGCCGCGAGAGGAACGAGCGCCCGAUGAAGCGGACGACGUGCUCGCCGAGCCAAGGCUCAUACGACGAGCUAUUAAGAGUGGUUUCGCGACUCGUCGCAGCGCGUCAGAAUCAAACAGUCGUACUCCGAUAUAUUUCCCCGAAGUAGACGUCGACGUGCGUGGACCCAGGCGUGUUGAUGAACCUGAUUUCAGUCACAUAAAAUCCAGCGAGGACAUUAGUUCCGGCUACUCAUCAGCGGAGAACUCGUCUUGUUUAAGUCGCACGUCGUCCGCUGGGGCCCGUUCUCGUCGCGUCACACGGACUACGAUCACGUCCAUCAAGAGACCGCAGGCCGCUGAGGACAAUGAAGUCAUCGAGGAGCUUCCCUACGACGAUAUAUGUGACAAUUCCAAUAAUCACCGUAUCUCUUCCCCCCUUUAUUUAUCCCACACAAAUCCUCCUUUCAUAUACCAGUACGCAGGAGAUCAGGUUAAUAUUAUACAAGUAUUAGGUAAUUAUCCACUGAGCAAUGAAUUUGAUAAAAAAAUUAAUAAUCUAGAUUCACGGGACCAAAAAGAAACUGUUCACAAAACGUCACAAAAAUUAGACGCCCAAUUUAAGAGUGAUAAUGAAAAUGUUAUAAAAGAUUUAAACGUGACAAACAUUCCUGUACAAGAAGAAAUCAAAGACAAUAAAAAUAAUAUGAUUAGCCAAAAUAAUGAGAGUGUAAAUAUUGUUAAUACUGAAAACGUUAAUGCAGAAAAUGACUUCAUUGAAAAUACGGGCGAGUUUAAAACUAUGGACGAAAUUACUGAUCUUAAUGAUGAGGGUGAACCUGAAAUUAAAAUUCAUAACACACUUGAAAGUGACGAAAGUUCGUUUGAAACCCCGACUUCUGUUGAGAGUGACGAAGGAUCGUUUGGAACGCCGGCAUCCACGCCUAAAACUGUCCGUAAAAUGUCAAAAGGCAAAUAUGGCAAAGACAAAGCACCUAUGCCACCUAGCAAUAAAGUUUUAGACGAUAAACAAGAAAUCCAAGAAGAUUCUGAAAAUUUAUCAAUUCGUACUGAAGUCAUUGAAUCUAUUGAAACCAAGGAAAAGAAAAGUGAUGACGUCGUAGUUAUGCCUAUAAUAGAAGACAUUGAAAAAGCGACUACAGAUUUUAAUUUAAAUGAAUCAGAAAUAGCAAUUGAUGCUGGUGAUUUAAAGUUGGAAAUUAAUAAUACUUCAAAUUCUUCGUUAUAUUUAGACGACAAACAUGACAAGAAAAGUCAUAAAUCAAAAUCGCCCGGUCCAAAAGCAAUGUCAACUCUCGGUAAAAUGCUACAACUACCAAACAAAUUAGUAUUUUGGCAUAAAGCAACAGGUAAUGUAUCCGACGCAUCGGAUUCAAGCAGGAAAUCUUCUAUUGAGAGUUUAAAAGACGAGUCUCGAGGUUGCAGUUAUAUAAAUACCGUUCAUAAAAGCGAUUAUGAAAACGACAAAAAUAAAUCAGACGAAAAAUUAAGCACAGAUAACAUAUCGCAAGAAAUUUCAGAGAAAAGUGAUGAAUUACAAAAAGUUAUAGAAGCGAAACUUGAAAGUAAUCCUGAAUAUAAAUUCAUACCUUUAUGCGAGGACAUACAGAUAUCCAAAAGCACUGAUGUAUAGCUAAUCCUUUUCCAAGUCCAUUUCAAACGAGGCAGAGCAAACAGCUAUGCUGUCGGCCUCUGCUACAAUACCUCGUGCUAAAAAGUCUAAUAAAAGGAAACCACAGUAGGCAAAUAUAACAAAAUAGUAUUGUUUCUGAAAUUAUAUGUAACUAAAUUUAAUCAUCAUACAAGAAAACAACACAAUUAUUCAGUCACGCAUAUAUUGUUUUCUAUGGCGAGCCUACUUCAUGAACAGAAGAAAAAAAUCCUUAAUAAUAAUUAAUUUGCUAUAUCUGGAGCUUAGUGCUAUGAGGGUUGAUAAUAUAAAUAUUCCAUGACCUUUGAGAUGGUUGGUUUAAAUAAAAUAAAUAUGGACA